AUGAUUUAAAGCAUAGCAAAAAGACUUAUUUAGCAAAGAACUUUAGGAAAGCAAUUCUUUAGUACUUCCCACAUUAACCAAGAGUAUAUCCCUAACAAGCCUGAACCUUUGAAAUUCACUCCUCGUAACAAUAAGGGACCUGGUUUGAAGAAUAACCACAGAUCUUCUCCUUGGACUGAAUCUGAAGUUCUUAAGUCUAAUGAAGAUCACGUAGUUUACACUUGGGGAGCCACCGAUCCUAUGAGAAAGUCUUCAAUUUCUAUUGCUCGUGGUGAAGGCAUAUAUCUUUACGAUUACAAAGGCAAUAAAUAUAUUGAUAUGACAUCUUAGGCCAUUAAUAAUAACCUUGGUUAUGGUAUUCCUGAACCUGUUUUAAAUAGCAUCACCCACUAAUUAAAGAAUCUUCACCACGUUUAUGGUGGAUUGACUAUCACUGAACCUCGUGCUAAGCUCGCCUAGAUUCUUAAUGACAUCACACCUGCUGAUAUUACUGGUUUCGUCUUCCCAUUAACUGGUAGUGAUGCAAAUGAAGUUGCUAUUCGUACUGCUCGUAAAUUCACUGGACGCCAUAAAAUUCUCACUCGUUACAAAUCUUAUCAUGGUAGCUCUGUUGGUGCCCUUAAUGCAACAGGUGAUUUCCGUCGUUCCUUCGCUGAAUAAGGUGUCAGUGGAUUCGUUAAAUUCUUUGACUUACAAGCCUUCUAAUUCAAGUGGGGAAUCACCUAACAAGAAGCUAUUAAAAAUUACUUAGCUUAUCUUGAAGAAGUGAUUAUUAACGAAAAUCCUUCAACAGUAGCAGCUAUUAUGAUUGAAUCCAUCACCGGAUCUGCUGGUGCUUUAGUCAAUCCUCCUGAAGUCAUCUAAGGAGUUCGUGCUCUUUGUGACAAGUAUAAUAUCCUCCUUAUUAUGGAUGAAGUUAUGGUCGGUUUAGGUAGAUGUGGUGAAAUGUUCGCCUUCUAGACUUAUGAUGGUAUUGUUCCUGAUAUGUUCACUUGUGCUAAAGGUCUCUCUGGUUCCUAUCUUCCUCUCUCUGCUGUAGGUUUUAGAAAGGACAUCCAAGAUUUCUUCCGUACUAAUCCUUUAGGUUGGGGAACUACUUACUAAGGCCAUCCAGUCAGUUGUAUUGCAGGUUAUGAAGUAGUUAAAUACAUGCUUGAGUAGAAUAUUUGCGAUCAUGUUAAAUAAUUAGAAAAGGUUAUGGUCAAACGCAUGGAUGAACUUAUUAAUAAGCACAAUUGCUUGAGAUAAGGUAGAGUUAGAGGUCUCUUUGGUGCUUUUGAUAUUGUUGGAGCUGAUGGUUAACUCAUUUAAAGAAACUUCUCUGACCCAACUCCGGAACCUGUUCUUAAAUUCAAAAAGAGAUUACUUGAAAAUGGUAUCUUCCAAUGGGUACGUGCUCCUGUUCUUCACAUUGCUCCUCCUCUUAUUAUUACUGAAUAAGAAUUAAAUCACGCCUUUGAUAUGAUAGAUGACGCCUUAAAAGUUAUGGAUCAUUGA